AUGUGCGCACCCAUCCGCGCGUCCUAUCGCCGCGACAACGUCGUCGAGUCAGUCUUCGAGUACACGCAGCUGUCGCUCGACACGUCGCUGGGCAUCUCUCUCCACGACAUCACCCCUCAGGUUCGCCGCGCGAUUCGCGAGUCCGGCGUGACAAACGGCACCGUUAACGUGCUCUCCAGGCAUACCACCACGGCCGUCACCAUCAACGAGGCGGAGGGUCGCCUGAUGGACGACAUCCGCCAGUACAUGCUCAAGCUCGCGCCCCCGGGUGACCCGUACCUCCACAACGACAUUCACCUCCGCGACGGUCCGCCCGACUGGCCCGGGGGCAACGACGCGUGGCGCGCGCAGGAGCCCCGGAACGCGCACUCGCAUCUGCUCUCGAUCCUCAUCGGCAACACGCUGGCCGUGCCCGUGGUCGACGGCGAGCUCGCGAUCGGCACGUGGCAGUCUCUGAUGCUCGUGGAGCUCGACGGACCGAGGAAGCGCACCGUCGGCGUGCAGGUGUGCGGGACCCGGUCGGGGAUGGGCGACAAGCCGAAGAGGAUCGACACGUCGGAGUCGUCGUCCAACGCCGCGAGCAAGAGCUACCAGAAGAAAGCGUCGCCGGUGUCGGACGGGUACAAGGACCCGAUGGACGCGCUGUGCGAAGACGACCCCUCCGCGGACGAGUGCAAGGUGUUCGACUGA